AUGCCAGCUUCGAUGGAUAAACGCAGCGCCGAACCCGUGGCCGAAAACCCGAAAAAAAUCAAGCCCCAGAAAAAGUACAGGCGCAAGUAUAAGGCGAAGGAUGUCGAGCCCACAGCGCCUUUGGGAGUGCUUCAGUAUGAAAUCAAAGAGCUUUUGCAAACGCACAAGUUGCAGCAGAGCCAGAUCGAAAAUGACAUGAAAGAGUUGCUCAAUGACUCUAGUGUCGAGCAGCUUUACCAUCGCGAGGUGAAGGAUGUGGAGGUUUUGCGCCUUUCGUCCAACGGCGAUGGAUUGGCCCUCAUCCCACAUCCUGUCAACGCCCAAGGUUUCCAGAUCGCCAUUGUUCCUUUCGGUUUGCCCGGUGAUGUGGUGGAUAUUCGUGUUUUCAAGUCGCAUCCGCUCUAUGUGGAGAGUGAUCUUCUUGCAGUGAAGAAAGCAGCUGCUCUGAGAGACGACAGUCUAAUAAACUGCAAGUACUUUGGAAAAUGCUCAGGCUGCCAGUACCAGAAUGUGGACUACGACACACAGCUUGAGUUCAAGAGACAAACCAUCGUCAACGCCUACAAGUAUUUUGCACCCAAGUUGUCUUUGGGCGGACUACCUGAAGUUGCACCCACGCAGUCUUCUCCGCUCAAAUACCACUACCGGACCAAGCUCACGCCGCAUUUCAAUGUUCCCAAUAAGAUUCCCCAAGACUACACGCGACCAUCGAUUGGUUUUGGCGCAAAAGGCAGACCCCAAUGGAGAAAGACCGAAGGCGGCGACUAUCUGAUUCUAGACAUUGAGGAAUGCGCCAUUGGAACAGAGAUUGUCAACCAGGGCAUGGACAACGAGAGAAAACGCUUUGAGGAAAACUUCAAGAAGUACAAGCGGGGUGCCACGGUGCUCUUGCGAGAAAACACGCUUUUGCCCGAUUCAGAGGGGAAAUUCAACGUGGAAUCGGGCUCCACGACGCCGGAAGGCCUGAUUUCCCAGAUCGAGGUCGAGGUCAACGACACAAAGCUCUUGAAAACUUGCAUCACCGAACCUAGAACCAUUGUCACAGAGUAUGUCAAUGGGUACACCUUUGAGUUUAGCGCAGGCGAGUUUUUCCAGAAUAAUAACCUGAUUUUACCGCUUGUGACCAACUAUGUCAAAGAGAACUUGCACAUCCGCGGCUCCGGGCCAGACGAGCCGAACUAUUUGGUGGAUGCGUAUUGCGGGUCCGGUCUCUUUUCCAUCACCUGCCUGACUGGCGUUUCCAAAGUGAUUGGAGUUGAAGUGAGUGCUGAUAGUGUCAAGUUUGCCGAAAGGAACGCCAAAACGAACAAGAUCGAAAACGCCUCGUUCAUCGUUGGCAAAGCCGAGGAGAUUUUCAAGAACAUAGAUACGCCUGCCGCCCGGACGUCGGUGAUUUUGGACCCGCCCAGAAAAGGGAUGUGA